AUGGCGUUCCCAGUCAACGAUCAUGAAGCAUGGGAGUCCGAAGAAGAUUAUGGUAACAACCCGAUCUACACCGAUGGUUUCCUCGUGUUGGAUUCCAUUAGAGACUGGAAGGUUGGCAGCCCUCCUGGUGACUGGAAGACGCACUUUGAUCCAAGCACCGGGACGACUUGGAGACCAAAAGACGUGCGUCUCUGCGACGCUAGGGUAAUCUACGCCCUGCUGACUCUAUCCACAAAAUACAAAUCUCAGCAUCUUGCUUACGACUUUGAUGCCACAGGCGACGUCCGAACCUCCCGUGUGCCCCGUGCUCCAAGCGUGGUUGCGGUCCAAAACAGCGUGCGAUUUCUACUUGCUUGGAAAGGCGUAUACGUGUUUACUGACCCCCCUCGUCUUGUGGCCGGUCUGGUUGCCGCGCCUCCACAUCUGAAGAUAGAUGAUAACCUCAACACAGACGAGGCUGAAUAUCACCCCCCUCGAAUGGAAAGGUCGGCUAAGGUCAACAAUAUCUGGGAGCUCGGGGACAGAACUUUCAAUGUCCGACUAUGCAGCACUCGCUAG